AUGAGUAACAGCAUCGAAACGAAGAAGAACCGGUCAUCGCACCAGCCGGCCACAAGCGAGUGCUGGCAGUUCAGUGGUGGGGGUGACAAGCGGUGCCCCCACGGAAGAACUGCAGAGCCCCUGAGGCUGUGGCGGGACCCAGAGUGUCUGGGCGAGGGCUCUGGGCAGAGUGGGCACCCGCCUUGCCCCGCCUUCGGGUCCUUGGCUAAUACUGGGCAGACACAACCGUUCUCGUCUGCCCGCUGGGGCCUCCCGGAGUCCCUUGCUGAGAAGGAAGGCGAUUGGCUGCCUGCGCUGACAUCAGCAAGCACACCAGUGCUGAGAGUUUACAACACGAGGCUGGAUGGUGACCUUGGCGGUGGCAGCAGCCAUUUGUCACGAAUUGCUUCCUCAGCGUGGGCCUUGGGCUGGCGUUCACAGUCCUGCGGCAUUUCGCCCAUGCCCCACGAGGCACAGCCUCGCACCACCACCUGGCAGGCAGGACGCGGGGCUCAAAGCUCGUGGGCACCUGCCCAAGCGCUGAGGCCACACCCCAGAUUGACACCUGGGGCUUCCACCUCAAGCCUGUACACUGUGGCCCUACCCUGCUGCAGGGCAUGGGGCAUGCAUCUGUGCAAGCCGGCAAGCCGCGAGUGCCAGAGUCCCCAAGAGCAGUCACCUGCUGACAAUGAAGACCAUCAUAGCUGUUCACAGGGCACCAGUGACAGUGACCCCAGGAGUGGUUCCACUCUUGGCUGGACAGAAGGACAGAGGGAUGGCUUGGAGGAAGAAGGUCUUUCAGCUGACCAGGGCAAGGAAAGGCUUUCCGGACAGGACGGCACAAAGGCAGGGAAGCACGAGUCCCUGAGGCACGCGGGGCUGCAUGCAUCUGGUGUUCCGCAGUGUGAAGUAGAAGGCUCGAACGGGCCACUCACUGACACAGCUGCUAGAAAGGUAUACAAGCACAAGUUGCUGGACGGUGUACGGUCUCUCACAGGGGUGAAGUUCAGUGCUAAUAAGCUAGCACCCUUCCUGGAAAAGAUGGGCUUUGAGCUUGAGGAAGAGGAAUACCGAGACCUAGAACACCACCUGCCGGUUGAUGGAGAGAAGGUUGAUACUAGUCGCCUGGAAGAUGUUCCGGAAAACAUGGGGAUAAAGCUCACAGAAGAUCAAGUCGUGCAACUCCUGGCGGUCUGUGUUCUUAACAGAGACUCCGGGGACGUGGCGGCUCUCAGAGGGUCCCGGAAGUUUAACAUUCUGGGCACAAACACGAAAGUUAUGAACAUGGAGGAGUCCAACAACGGCAGCCUCUCUGCGGAGUUCAAGCACUUGACCCUGAGGGAGCAGAGGUGUGGGAAUGGGGGCCGAGCCAACUGCGACGCCUCCCUGAUCGUGACCGAAGAGCUACACCUGAUCACCUUCGAGACUGAGGUGUACCACCAAGGCCUCAAGAUCGACCUCGAGACGCACUCCUUGCCCGUCGUGGUGAUCUCCAACAUCUGUCAGAUGCCAAACGCCUGGGCGUCCAUCCUGUGGUACAACAUGCUGACCAACAACCCCAAGAACGUGAACUUUUUCACCAAGCCCCCAAUCGGAACCUGGGACCAGGUAGCCGAGGUGCUGAGCUGGCAGUUCUUAUCUACCACAAAGCGUGGCCUGAGCACUGAGCAGCUGACCCCGCUGGCAGAGAAGCUCCUGGGACCUGGUGUGAACUAUUCAGGGUGUCAGAUCACGUGGGCUAAGUUUUGCCAAGAAAACAUGGCUGGCAAGGGCUUCUCCUUCUGGGUCUGGCUGGACAACAUCAUUGACCUUGUAAAAAAGUACAUCCUGGCCCUCUGGAAUGAAGGGUACAUCAUGGGCUUCAUCAGUAAGGAGCGGGAGCGCGCCAUCUUGAGCACCAAGCCUCCAGGCACCUUCCUGCUGAGGUUCAGCGAAAGCAGCAAAGAAGGAGGCGUCACCUUCACCUGGGUGGAGAAGGACAUCAGCGGCAAGACCCAGAUCCAGCUGCCUCCGCAGCUCCUUCCGUACACCAAGCAGCAGCUGAACAACAUGUCAUUUGCCGAGAUCAUCAUGGGCUAUAAAGUCACGGAUGCCACCAACAUCCUGGUGUCACCGCGUCUAUAUCCCGACAUCCCCAAGGAGGAGGCCUUCGGGAAGUAUUGUCGGCCGGAGAGCCAGGAGCAUCCUGAAGCUGACCCAGGUGCUGCCCCAUACCUGAAGACCAAGUUUAUCUGUGUGACACCAAUGACCUGCAGCAAUACCAUUGACCUGCCGAUGUCCCCCCGCACUUUAGAUUCAUUGAUGCAGUUUGGAAAUAAUGGUGAAGGUGCUGAGCCCUCAGCAGGAGGGUAGUUUGAGUCCCUCACAUUUGACAUGGAGCUGACCUCGGAGUGCGCCACCUCCCCCAUGUGA